UAGCACGAUCAGACAACGUCCUUCGACCAAUUCGGUGUCAUCGGAUGAAUCAGGUGACAACAACAACAGCGACGACGACGAAGAGUUUACAAAGCCACAGCCAAUCAACACUCAGCAGAUGGCACAGCCCAAACAGCCUAUCGAGCGCAAGGAAGACGCUCUGCCUAAGCCAUUCAGCACCAGCUCACUCCUCUCAUCCACAGCCGAACAGACCACCACAGCCCACACACACACAGCGAAGCCACGGUCACACUCAAUCACUGCAGUGGAGGCCACGGACAGGGGCAGAGCCAACGACACUACACGAACAAGUGCAUACGCUACUAACCCACUCAUGCACUCAGAGGGAGGGGCAGACAGCAACCUCUCAUACGCCCACGCACAUACACACACACACACACACGCACACGUGAACACGAACACCACGCGUACAUCCCCACUCACAACAAACAGUAGAGCACCGUACACGCGACAGCCGUCGCUAGAGCAAUCGCACUUGAGUCAGCAGCACAAGCCAGUGAGCACCCUCAGCACGGUGGAGGAGACAGCCAGCAACGGGCCAGGGGGGGGGGGUGGGGGCUCUUACAAACAGACGGACAGGCCAAAGAAUGGGCCUACCAACGAGCUGGGGCCGAAGGCGAAUGCGGGCAGCAAGCGAGGCAUGGCUGACGCGGGCUACAAAGGCAAUCUACCUACUGAAAUAGACUAUGCGUCCAUGUGA